AUGUUUCGCUCGUAUGGCAUACCGGAGAGCAAUAUAAUUGUCAUGUUUUACGACGAUAUCGCCAACAGUACACACAAUCCGACCCCCGGUAUAGUCAUCAACGAGAGAGGGGGUCCCGACCUGUAUAAAGGUGUGCCCAAAGAUUAUACCGGUAAAGAAGUCACACCCGAGAACUUUUUGGCUGUAAUGCAAGGCGACCCGGAGUUAGCCAAACAAGGUAAAAAGGUUGUCAACAGCGGGCCAAACGAUCAUGUGUUUAUAUAUUUUGGCGACCAUGGUUCAACAGAAAUGCUCAUGUUCCCAUCGACUUACCUUAAGGCCAGUGACCUAAACAAAGCGCUGGUAUCUAUGCACAAUAAACACCGGUUUGCCGAACUUGCUAUUUAUAUUGACGCGUGUGAAUCAGGCUCUAUGUUUCGCAAUAUACUUGCCGAUAAUAUAAAAGUGUAUGCUACAUCAUCAUCUGAUUAUAAUGAGCUUAGUUGGUUUUGGAAUUGGGACGAUAAGUACGAUACCUGGUUAAGUAGUAAACCUAAUGGUGUAAUCAAUAGGCGUAAAGCAGAGCAAAAUAAUGAGGCGGUUAGUAAAUGGGACGCAGAGUUGGUUUUACUUGAAAAACGCAUCGAAAAGACUGAGGAUAUCAACGAGGAAAACAGACUUUUAGCAGAGUUAGAGAACUUAUACGCCGGCAGACAAUAUGUGGACAAACAUAUGACUGAAUACGUGAAUAGUAUUCAACACUUACUGACAGUCGAUAGCAAUGCUAUUCUAAACACUAAACAAGAGCUCAAUAAUAGACAGUGUUAUGAAACUUUGGUCGACACGUAUAACGAGAACUGCUUACAGAUAAGCAAGCUCCUGGUGAGAGAAAUAGACAGCGCAACGGUCGGCACGGGUAUAGGCGUUUGCAAC